UGAGAGGGAGCAGGAGAGAGGGAGGGGUAGCUCAUAGGAGGAGGACAGGACUUGAAGGGAGAAAGAGGAGAGACGGGGUAAGAAGAGGGGAGAAACAGAUGAGAGUGAGCGGAGCAUAGUAGGCCGGUUGACUGGAUGUAUCGUCGAGAAGCUCGGAGAAACUGUCAGACUGCAGCUGGUAUAUAAAAGGGAGGAAAGGGGCGGGGUUGUAAUUUGAGAGGGCCUGACAUAGUGUCACUACUCUACUCAGAACUAAGAUGUCAUGGCGUCCAACAUACCGAAGCUCCAAGUUUCGAAACGUCUACGGCAAAGUGGCCAACCGGGAGCACUGCUUUGACGGCAUUCCCAUCACCAAGAACGUCCAUGACAACCACUUCUGUGCCGUCAAUGCCAAGUUCCUGGCCAUCGUCACGGAGAGUUCCGGUGGAGGGUCCUUUAUCGUUAUCCCUGUCUCCCAGGCGGGCCGCAUCGACCACCACCCCAAAGUGUGUGGCCACCAAGGCAAUGUCCUGGACAUCAAAUGGAAUCCCUUCUUUGAAAACAUCAUAGCUUCCUGCUCUGAAGAUUCCUCUGUACGAGUAUGGGAGAUCCCAGAGGGAGGGCUGAGGCGGAAUAUGACAGAGGCCAUGAUGGAGCUGUAUGGACACAGCAGGCGUGUGGGCCUCAUCGAGUGGCACCCCACCAGCAGUGGAAUCCUCUUCAGUGCUGGCUAUGACUAUAAGAUCCUGAUCUGGAACCUGGAGAUAGGUGAGCCGGUGAAGAUGAUCGACUGUCACUCUGACGUCAUCGUGUGCAUGUCCUUCAACACAGACGGCAGCCUGCUGGCCACCAGCUGUAAAGACAAGAAGCUGCGUGUCAUCGAGCCGCGCUCCGGGAGAGUCUUACAGCACGCCAGCUGUAAGAACCACAGGGUGAACAGAGUGGUGUUUCUGGGCAACAUGAAGAGGCUGCUAACGACAGGUGUGUCCCGGUGGAACACCAGACAGAUUGCACUGUGGGAUCAGGAGGACCUGUCUAUGCCCAUGGUAGAAGAGGAGAUAGACGGUCUCUCAGGGCUGCUGUUUCCUUUCUAUGAUGCAGACACACACAUGCUGUACCUGGCAGGAAAGGGCGAUGGCAACAUCCGUUACUAUGAGAUCACCACAGAGAAGCCAUACCUGCAGUAUCUCAUGGAGUUCCGCUCCCCUGCCCCACAGAAAGGCCUUGGUGUGAUGCCUAAACAUGGGCUGGACGUAACGGCCUGCGAGGUGUUUCGCUUCUACAAGCUGGUGACGCUGAAGGGGCUGAUCGAGCCCAUCUCCAUGAUAGUACCAAGGAGGUCAGAGACAUACCAGGAGGACAUCUAUCCAAUGACGGCAGGGACCGAGCCUGCCCUCUCAGCCAAUGACUGGUUGAGUGGUAUCAACCGAGACCCAGUGUUAAUGUCCCUGAAGAAGGGCUACCAGAAGCCCAACCAGCUGGUGUUCAAGGCACCGGUGAAGGAAAAGAAAGGUGUGGUGGUCAACGGCAUUGACCUGCUGGAAAACGUACCACCCAGGACAGAGAACGAGCUACUGAGGAUGUUCUUCAGGCAGCAGGAGGAGCUGAGAAAGCUGAAGGAGGAGCUGAACACCAAGGACGUUAAAAUACGCCAGCUGGAGCUGGAACUCAACAACCUGAGGAACGUCAGCCCCGUUGGAAACGAUGUCUGACCUCUGAUCUCUAGCUUAUGGCACCACCAUCACCACCAUGCCACGUCCAGCGUCCUCCCUCCCUUUCAUCGUGUAUCAUUUGUACUUCCUGUUGCAAUUGAUAAUGUAAUAGCCACCAGAUAAUGUAAAUACUGAUUAUAACGUUUGUGUAACAAUUUUUGUUAUCGAUAAUGUCAUCAUAUUGACAUCACUGUUAAAUCCCUCAAUUGAUAAUAUAAUAACCAACUGGUAAUGUAUUUUAUUGUUAUAAGAUUUUUUUAAAAUUCUGUUGAUAGAUGUAUCCUGAUA